GGAUCGUGAGCAUCGGAGCAAUGGCGAGAGCAAGAGCGCCAGCGAAUAAAAAAUCGAAAUACGAUUUUGACAGCUCGGGAGGCUUUUCAUGAUUUGUGCCGUGCUCGGUUUGUUUCCCAGUGACACACACGGAAUUCGGGAAGCAGCAAACCAAAACAUCCCUGUCGACGUUUCCCUGGUCCGCAAGCACACGGGCAAAGAAAAAUGGCCCACCCCGGGUGCAGUGUGUGAGUGAGUGGAGUGGAACAACCCCUGCCUGGGGGGUGAUUAGUCGUAAUUAAUAACAGCAGCCCCUCCGUCGAGUCAGGUGCUGAGCGCGGUGCACAACGCGCACUGUGUGAAGUACAAACGGACCCGAGAGCAGGGUUUCGAUAUCGAUUUCGUGUCGUGCAACCGUGUAAAAGGUUUUCCCUCGGUGACGGGCGGUGAAUCGGAAAAAGCAUCGUCCUGUGCGCGUGUUCGAUAAUUGUGUCGUUUGUUGUUGACGGUUCGUGUUGCAAAAGUGGAAAACUCCAACCCCGCGGGAGCAAACGGUGGCGGCCAAUUACCGACCGCCAGUGGGCAAAUGUGCCGAAUUCUCGAGAAUAUUCCCGCGAAGGAUCGUGUGCCAUUUUCGCACUGGGAAAGCGUGUGCCAGCGCGGUGCCAUCCGCGUGGUGAUGAUGUGAAAUUUUGGCAUCACGCACCACCGAGGCAGCAGGAGGCAGAAGAGAGUGUGUGGCCGGAGGCAUAGGCAUCGGGAAAUGAUGGAAAAAUCGGUGUGAAAAUUGAAUUGCGAUGCUCUCUCCGCAAACGGGCAUUUUUUUGACCACCGUGGCACGGUGUGCGUGUGCUCGCGGUAGCGGUGUGCGUGUGCGCUGGUGAAGUUGGUAGCAGCAGCAGCAACCCCCAACCCAAAACCCCACAACCCCCACAGGGUGGCAACAAGGGGUGGUUUAGUGGUGAGAAAAGCAAGAUGACGAGAGCGGCGAGCGAAUUUUGAUUCUGAUCGACGAAUGAGCGAGAAAGUGAAAUAAAAAGUGAGAGAGAAAAGGCAGAAAGGGAUAAAGAGAGAAAGAGAGAGAGAGCGAGUGAGUGAGUGAUAGAAAGUGUCAGUUUUGUUCCGCUGGUUGGCAGCGCGCGCGAAGAAAAGUCCUACGGUCGAGUGUACGUUCAGGCAGCAGGAUAACUGCGAGGAUUCGAUUCUUUUCUCGAUUCAAUCGCUCGUUGAGGGCUUUUUUGCGGUGGUGAGCGGGGUUCUGUCGGGAGGGGGAAAAACCGGGAAAUGGUCACCGGUCGCGGAUAUGAGUGCCGAGGUUAGUGCACCGCAAUGGCGAUCGCUCGGAUUCAACGGCACAUCCGACGGUUGCGGACCACCCCACGCCACAUCACCCACCCUCGGCGGAACCGGCGGCUCGGGAACGGCACUUCCUGAUGUGCUUCCGGCCGUGCCCAAGCCCGAACCGGGCACGGGCGGCGAGAAGCACAUCAACCACAACAACAACAUAAUCAACGUCGGUUCCACGUUGGGUGCCCCGGUCGUGGAAGCCGCACACGGGCAGGAUAAGACCGGAGUGCCGGGUAGCCACGACGAAGGAUGCGCCAGCUCGUCGGAGGAGUUCAACUGCGAGCUGGUGCUGCGGACCCUGGACGAUGCCGGCAGUGGUCCGGUGAACGGCGAAUCAAACGCCGAUCGGGAUUCCGGCUUCGAAACGCCCUCGCUCGACACCACGAUACCGUGGGAUAAACCGGAAGUAGAUGGUGUGACUUCGGAAAAACAUCGCCCCAACGGUGUCGAACAGGGACAGCACUAUGUUGCGCACGUUGUUGCAGGGGAGUGCAACGAAUCGAAGGACACGAAGUUGAUCCUGCGACGGCGGAACGUCACGUCGACGUCAUCGUCGGUGUCGUCCCCGGGGAGGCUUGAACCAACCAAGCAACAUCCCGACCCUACGCACCUCCCUGCUGCGACGACCGGCGAAUCGAUGACGUCACGGGAAGCCGUCAUCAAAACGGAAGUGGACACGGAACGUCCCUCUGCGGGACCUGGUCCGGGUCUGGGUCCGGCUCCGGUGAAACAGCAAUCGUCCAUGGUCGUCGUCAAGCGCGAGUUGGUGGAAUUGGCCGCGAAUGAGCAACCCUUGGAACAACCCUUGAAGCAACAGCAGACGCCGGUUGUUGCACCGGCACAUCCUCCACGAAAGUCCUCCGCUAGGGUGGAUUCUCCACUACCGCAACCACUCGAACCAAAGGAGCACCGGAAAUCGAACCGGCGGAGACAGUUUACGGAUCGGAUCGUAGACACGCUGUGCUUGCCGGAGUUUUUCUUCAACUCUCGCAUCCGCCCGAAGCCGAAACCGAAAGCACCGGCCAAGACGUCAGCUGCCGGCACGUCGAAAACCUCGGGAGUAGCGGCCAGUUCGACUGGGGGGUCCAAGAAACGUGCCAUUCCUGCCGCUCCGUCGACUUCUACGUCGACUACGACGUCGGUUACAACGGCUACCACCGUGAAACGACCACCA